CUGUAGAAGAGCACCCACGAUUGAACAGCCGACGAUAUGCGUGAAAUACAUAAACUCGCCGUGCUCCUCCAGACUCUGACUUCCACAUGACCGGAAGUUGGUAGGGAUGGCUGCACGCAAGCCGGUCGCAAUCGUCGUUGGGGCAAGUAGGGGUAUUGGAAGACAAGUCGCGAUCGACUUGGCCAAGAAUGGCUAUAUUGUCAUAGUUGGGGCGAAGACGACAUCGGACGCCACCAAGUGUAUACCGUUUCCGCCGGACCCGAACUCCCAAGCCAGCACUAUCAACACGGUCGCCCGGGAGAUAACAGAGGCCAACGGGGAAGCGCUAGCACUGCCGGUAGAUACACGGAACACCGAGAGUGUCUUUCAGAUGGUUACGUCGGUCAUGGACAAAUAUGGCAGGCUGGAUGUCCUGGUAUACAACUCCGGUGCCAUAUGGUGGGCGAGCGUGGAGAAGACACCAAUGAAGCGCUUCCGUCUGAUGCAAGAAGUUAAUGUCCACGGACUGUACGCUUCGGUGCAAGCCACGUUGCCGCACUUCUACCGCAACGGCAGCAAUGGCAAGGGACGGAUCGUGGUCAUCAGUCCGCCAAUAUACAGCAGGUUUCUUCGAGGAAAGACCGGCUACGCUAUAGGCAAAUGGGGAAUGAGUGCCCUUACUAUGGGCCUUGGUAUUGACUUUGAGCGUGAAGGCCGCGCCGAUAUGACAAUCACGAGCUUGUGGCCAGCUGCAGCAAUUGAGUCGGCGGCGACACAGAACCCGCAGACAGAUCGAUCGCAGCUUCGCAAACCAAGUAUUUUCUCGGAUGCGAUCUUGGCCAUCCUAAGGGCGCCGCCGGCGGCCGUCAAUGGCAAGUGUUUACUCGAUGAAGACCUUCUGCGCGAGCAUGAAGGCAUGACCGACUUUACAAAGUACGCUCUGGUUGCUGGAUCGACUCCCCGGCGGAUUAUGCCGGCUCAGUUUCCUGAUCUAUCUGUUACUGAACAAGGCGACGAGGGGACUAGGAUGGACAGCACCCUUUUGCGGACAGCCAAGCUGUAAGUUCGCAUCGCUACCAAGCCUGCCAAUUGAUAAUGGCAAUGGCAGUCCGUUCAGUCUUUCACGGAUGAUGAUCGUCAAUUCCUGCAUUUCUGCGUGGCGUGAUUGGUACGUUCCAGACGCGCAAUAACACACGCCUCCCUGCCAAUCACCAGGCACGCAUCAUGGCUGCGGUCUUCUACACUCCCCAUCAGCGUACUGUCCAUGGGAUACUGCUCUCUUAUGAUUAAUCGCUGAUUUACGAGUCCAACUGUUCCACUCGCUCGAUUUCGGCUGUUGCGUGGCUGCCUGAAGCAAUUCGAGUCUGCGUGGGAGAGUUAUUGUUCGGUUUGUGCACGCUGGCGAUCUCCGU